CGCGCUGCUCCUCGGAGCGAAGAGCCGGGUCAGCCGGGCAGCAGAACUUCGGAGAUCGAGAAAACUGACUUUAAACUUCUCUUCAAAAAAACUCUCCAUUUAUUUCCCCCUUUUAAUUUCAAGUUAAUUUCUGCUGUUAUUUAACCCCCUUCGACCUCUCUCCUCUCCUCCUCUAACAAGAAGAGCGAUAGCUAUGGAGUGGUGGAUUCGGGUGGUGUCGCCGAUCAGGCGGGUAUGGAUCCGGGUCGCAGCUCGAAUCCGCAUGCGCAAGUCUGGGCUGGGGCCGCUGAGGAACGAGGUGAGCACGUGCGAGUACGAGGACGUGCAGGUGAUGUGGGAGAUGCUGAGGAAGGCGACGGACGUGGAGAUCGGGCGGGCGGUGAGGCCGCGGGAGAGGAGGGUGGACACGUGGAGCGUUUUCGAGUGGGCUGGACGAGGACGACGACGGAAAUGGAAGUUGAAGAAGAAACACCAACUGAAGCAAAGACCAGAGGUAUAUGAAGAUAAUAAAGAUUCAUUUGCGAAAUUUACUGAAAACUUCACGGCUUCUAUAGAAAGUAAUUGA